AUCAUUCGGACGCGUUCUUUCCUCGUCCCCAUUUCCCCUAGCCUGAGGCGGGACCAUCCCAUCGCACUUUGCGGGCUUCGUCUUUCCCCCAUCUUCUUCCUAGGUAAACUUUCCCUCCCCCACGAACAGUGCAGCCCUCUCCCCGUCGCGUCUAAUUACGUCGAAGCCGAGAUGUCUUCUCCUUCUGCCCGCCGCCAGCGAGGCUCCCAAUCCGGCACCCCUAGCCGGAACACGCGAAGUUCCCAAGCCCCCACCAACAGCCCUGCCAACGGAGGUUCAUCCCGGAAUGGGCCGCCGCAGGACGCAGGUACCCCUCGAGCUACUCGGUCCUCUCAAUUAGUCUCGAGUCCUCUCUUUUAUCAGUCCUCCCCUGCACAUGGGAACGAUAGAAGCUCUGUCGCCUUACGCCACAAUACCGACAGCCAGAGCACCAAUGCAAAUCCGGAUGCGGCGCCCAGCUCACCGCUGCGUAUGACGCAGUCGACCGAUGGCGAUGGCGAUCGCACACCGAGGGCGAGGCCACUCAUGGCUGGUGAAUCGUCACCCAUCCGAUAUGAGCCCAGCUCGAGUCCUGGUCGUGCUUUGAACCCACAGUCGGACCUUCGGAGUGAGGGCAGUAACUUAUUUGUUGGUACUUCCGAAACGCCACGAGCAAAUCGAACAAACCGGAGAGGCGAUAUCAACUCCGAGAUUCUGAGCAGCGGCCCUCGAGCCAGCAGUCGCGUCAUAUUGGAUGAUGCCGGGCGAGUAGUCCGCGAGAUCCACUCGGAUGCGGCAACGUUUUCUAACUUGAACCCCAACACCUCCGAUGCCGACGCUCUCGGGGGCCAGAACAACGCAACGAUCUGGGGUACAACGGUCUCCAUAGACGACACCUAUGCCGCCUUUAAAGACUUCCUGCGGAACUUCACUCAAAAAUAUCGCAUGUGGGGUUCUGGAAUGACGACUGAACAGACGGAUGCCGACCCUCAAUCUACUGCAAAGCCAUACUGGGAUGAGCUUCAGAGCAUGCUGAUUCUUGGCCAGCGGAUCCUCUACGUGAACAUCAGAGACUUCAAGUUGUAUCCACCUACUAGGAAAAUGUGGCACCAAAUCCAGCACUAUCCCCAGGAAAUUGUGCCGCUAAUGGAUCAGUCUGUCCACGACCUGAUGAUUGAGCUUGCGCAGGCUGAGAUGGCGAGACAGAGAAGACAGACUGGCGGCAUCCCCACGACACAGCGGAGCGCCGUCCCAAGCUCCGACAUGCAGGUACCGAGCUCAGAGCGGAGCGAGGAACCUCAAGCAUCACAGCGGCCUCAGCAAGGUCCUACUCUAGAAGAGAAGGUAAUGGAUCAGACUUACAUGACCCGACCGUGGGGUUUGGACGAGGUCACCAACUUACGAGAUCUUAAUCCAUCUGACAUGGACAAGCUCAUCUGCAUCAAGGGCCUCGUGAUCCGGACCACUCCCGUCAUCCCGGACAUGAAGCAGGCGUUUUUUCGAUGCAGCACAUGUAGCCACUCGCUCCUAGUUGGCUUAGAUCGAGGCAAAAUUCGAGAGCCGACCGAAUGCCCCAGGCGUCUCUGCAAUGCAAAGAACUCGAUGCAAAUCGUGCACAACCGGUGCGAGUUCGAGGACAAGCAGGUAAUCAAGUUGCAGGAAACCCCCGACGCCGUUCCUGCCGGGCAGACGCCUCAUUCGGUGUCAGUUUGUGUUUACAAUGAACUGGUGGACUUCUGUAAAGCCGGCGACCGCAUUCGGAUCACGGGCAUCUACCGCGUCAGCCCGGUGAGGGUUAACCCGCGUAUGCGCUCAGUCAAAAGCGUCUUUAAGACUUUUGUAGAUGUCGUUCAUGUCGCCAAGGUUGACAACAAGCGAAUGGACGCGGAUCCGUCUACCCUCGAUGACGAAUCUAACGACUCGGAGAAUAACAUCGAGGAGUCUAGAAAAAUCACCCCGGAGGAGGAGGAGAAGAUUAAGGCCACGGCCGCCCGUCCCGAUAUCUACGAGCUUCUAUCCCGGUCGUUGGCCCCUUCUAUCUACGAGAUGGACGACGUGAAAAAGGGCAUCCUCCUCCAGCUAUUCGGGGGCACGAAUAAGACCUUCGAGAAGGGCGGCAGCCCCAAGUACCGAGGCGAUAUAAACGUUUUGCUCUGCGGCGACCCGUCGACGUCGAAGUCACAGUUGCUCAAGUACGUCCACAAGAUUGCGCCUCGCGGCGUGUACACCAGCGGCAAGGGGUCUUCCGCAGUUGGUCUCACCGCAUACGUCAGCCGUGACCCCGAGACUCGCCAGCUAGUGCUCGAGUCCGGCGCUCUGGUGCUCUCCGACGGCGGCGUCUGCUGCAUCGACGAGUUCGACAAGAUGUCUGACGCCACCCGCUCCGUCCUCCACGAAGUCAUGGAGCAGCAAACCGUCUCGGUGGCCAAGGCCGGCAUCAUCACUACACUAAACGCUAGAACGAGUAUUUUGGCCUCGGCGAACCCAAUCGGAUCUCGAUACAAUCCCGACCUGCCGGUUCCGCAAAACAUCGAUCUACCACCGACCCUAUUAUCACGAUUUGACCUCGUCUACUUGAUCCUCGAUCGCGUUAACGAGUCGAAUGACCGCAGAUUAGCCCGACAUCUACUGUCCAUGUAUCUCGAGGAUAAGCCUCAAUCUGCGGCAUCCAACAAUGAGAUUCUGCCUGUCGAAUUCCUAACGGCGUACAUCUCAUAUGCCCGUACCCACGUCCAUCCCACAUUGUCCCAGGAUGCGUCGCACGCCCUUGUCGAGGCCUAUGUUAAUAUGCGCAAGUUGGGGCAAGACGUCCGCGCGGCGGAGAAGCGCAUAACUGCCACAACCCGACAGCUGGAAUCGAUGAUCCGUCUUGCCGAAGCACACGCAAAAAUGCGACUCUCGCCAACAGUCACCAAGACCGAUGUGCUCGAGGCUGAGCGGCUGAUCCAGUCAGCGCUGAAGACAGCGGCGACCGACGCCCAGGGCCGAAUCGAUAUGAGCCUCCUCACGGAGGGCACCAGCGCGGCGGAGAGGAAACGCAAGGGGGAGCUUAAGACGGCCGUCAUCCGGCUACUAGACGAGCUCACUAGCGGCGGACAAUCCGUUCGAUGGAGCGAGGUCAGCCGACGGUUGAGCGAGGGAUCCAGCGUUCCCGUCGAGCCGGCCGAUUUUGCCGAGACGAUGAGGGCACUCGAGAUGGAAGGUGCGAUUAUGAUCAGCGGCGAGGGCGCGAGAAGGAGUGUGAGACGGGUGACGGGGGUUGCGUGAGCGAACCCGGGCAAGGUCCAAGGCUAGAGAAGGGAAAAGGCGUCGCUGCUGCGCCCGAUCUGCCUACGUAGUAGGCCACUUCGACGAUGAUUCUCGAGGGGAUACGGCAUUACUAUGGCCGAUGGAGGCGGUCCGGGGGACGGUUAGGCCACGAGACAUGUAAUCGGAACGGAAGUUUAGGCAAGGAACGAGUUGUUAACGAGGCGACGCGAGUUAGUAUCUUAAGGGGCAAGCCUGUCUACCUUGUGGCCUGAGGCAAGGGAUAAAUAGGUAGAGCAACGACGGAGGGAAGCAAUACAAAUCGGCUUUACGCAGGACCCGUGCCGACACUUGCGAUACCCCUAUUCGGCUGACCGGCCGGUAUGGCUUUCGCAUGCAGGCUCGCGCCUAAACGGUUCUGGUCCUUAAACGGCAGCGAGGUUGUAGGUACCUGAUGGGAAUCGGCACCCCCGAGGAGAGGUAGAGAUGUAGGUACCUGGUAGGUACCUACCCAGAUAUCGC